AUGGACGUGUUCCACCAUUGUUGUACGUACAGAGUGAGAGAGAUGGAUUUCUUAACAAGUUCAUUGCUAUGCUUGUUGUUAGUCACCAUGUUUGUCUUUCAAGCUUUAAGCACGUUUAGAAACGGAAGUAAACAAAGUGAAACCAAGCUCCCACCCGGUCCACGGCGGCUGCCUAUCUUCGGCAACCUCUUCGAUCUUGGCGAUAAACCCCACAGGUCAUUGGCUAAGCUCGCUCAGGUUCACGGCCCCGUUAUGGGUCUCCAACUCGGCAGCUUAUUCACCGUCGUCGUUUCAUCGGAAACAACAGCGAAAGAAGUCUUGAAAGAACAGGACCUCGUCUUCUGUAACCGACCCGUCAUCGAUGCCGUCCGAGCCUGCCGAUUCGAUGAAUUCGGGCUCUCGUUUUUACCCGUUUCGCCACUUUGGAGAACUCUUCGCAAAAUCUGUGCUAUCCAUCUUUUCUCUACUCUAAAACUCGAUGCCAACCAAUACUCGCGUCGGGUGAAGACCGAAGAACUGAUCGAAAAUGUUCGCAAAAGUUGCCUUAAAGGUGAUGCCAUUAACAUCGGCCAAGCUGCUUUUGAUGCCACGAUUAAUUUGCUGUCCAACACCAUUUUUUCAGUGGAUUUGGUCGACCCGAAUUCAUCUCAGGCUCGAGGAUUCCGGCAAACAGUUUGGGAUAUCUUUGAAGACGCCGGGAAGCCUAACUUGGCUGAUUAUUUCCCUUUGCUUAGAAAGAUCGAUCCGCAACGCAUACGGCGCCGGAUGACGGUUCAUUUUGAAAAGGUGCUUACUCUUUUCGGCAAUAUGUUCGAUGAAAGAUCUCAAUCAAGAAAAUCCAAGUGUUUUAAUGCGUCGAAUGAUGUUUUGGACACUCUUAUUGAUAUUGUAGAAGACGAUGUCGAGGAGCUUGACAGAACUCACGUCCUACAUUUGCUUUUGGUACUAUUUGUUGCCGGAGCUGAUACAACAUCAAACACAAUAGAAUGGGCAAUGGCGGAAUUGCUUCGAAACCCUCAGAUUUUACUUAAAGCCAAAAAAGAACUCGAACAAGUAAUCGGCAAAGGAAAUCCGAUCGAAGAAUCUGACAUAAACCGUUUGCCAUAUCUGCAAGCAAUCAUCAAAGAAACCUUUCGGAUGCACCCUACUGCCCCGCUUUUGCUCCCCCGCAGAGCUGGCUCCGAUGCCGGCCUUUGUGGUUUCAAAGUUCCGGAGGGUUCACAAGUGUUGGUUAACGCUUGGGCCAUCGGUAGAGACCCGAGCACAUGGAAAAACCCGGAUAGUUUCACGCCGGAGAGAUUCCUGGGAUCGGAAAUCAAUGUUAAAGGUGCAGAUUUUGGGCUCAUUCCGUUUGGUGCUGGACGACGGAUAUGCCCGGGAUUACCUUUGGCGAAUCGGAUGCUGCACUUGAUGUUAGGGUCUCUUGUAAACUGCUUUGAGUGGGAACUUGAAGAUGGAAUCUUGUCCAAUGAGCUCGACAUGGAGGAGAAGUUUGGGAUCACAGUUAAAAAGGCUAAACCUUUGCGAGCAAUUCCUACUGUUGUCUAAAAAAAGUAGUAUUUUAAUAUUAAAGUGAAUAUGUUCCUGGUUUGUAAUGCUGUGAUUUGGACACCAUAGUUCAUUUUCAGACAAAUUUUAAGGAACUUGUAUUCUCUUAUAUAGUUA